AUGACGAGCAAUCGGACUUUGGACAAUGUGUUCGAUCCGGAGGAGUCCGACAUAACAAUCAAGCCCGAUAUUCCUCAAAUGGAAAGCUCGGGAAAUCUACAAAAUAGCACCCACCACAAAGCGCCGUCAGAAUCCCUAGAUACCGCUCCACCGAAGGCGACAAACGCAGCAACUAUUUCCAUGUUCUCUAAUUUUGUCAACCCCCAAAGCUACCUAGAUCCAAUACUAGAGAAUAAUAACAUUAAAUUUAAGGAAAAUCAGUUCAGUGGGGGAAACACAUUGGAUGAGUCCGUGCUCGCCACUUUAAGUAGAGAUCUGACAAGCAUUGGAGAUAAGUUGCUUUCUAUUCUAUGGCCGCUAAGAUUGCGACAGAAACUCAUGCUCGUUCGCAGAGUCGGUGAGCAAUUUCCCUCAACCGGAAGUAUGAUUAGUCACACAGACUCCUUCAAUCAACACGGUAUUUUCGAAGAACGCACACCUACCGAGAUAAGCAAUGAAUAUUCAGAAGAGACCAUACAAAAGAUACUUGACUGGGAUUUAUGGGGUCCGCUGGUAUUCGUUCUUUCAUUCAGCUUGAUAAUAACCUACUUGCAGAGUGAAUCAUUGAGCUCUGGGGGUGCUGAAUCCUCAGAAACUUCCCAAAUAUUCAGUGCUUCUUUUUCUCUUAUUUGGGUAGUGCUUGCUGUGCUCUCUAUCAAUAUCCAGCUAGUGUCUCCUGUUUCGCAAAUGACUGAUAAUGGCCGAUUAACUUCGGGGAUUAUAGGCCUUUCAUUUUUCCAAUGUAUGAGCAUCCUUUCAUAUACUCUAUUUCCGAUUGUCCUUGGUGGUUUGAGCUCUGUCUUCAUCUCAUGGAAAUUGCUGAGGCUUGUUAUAAAUUCUGUCAUGUUUUUAUGGUCUAUUCUGUGUUCAUGGUUGAUACUCGCCAUCGUCAAUAACUGCCGAAAAAUUGGUACAGCAUCAAUAAUUUACGGCAUGACCGGGGAAUCGUUUCAUGAUCAUAACGAUGGCGAGAAGCGAAUUUUACUCAUGAUGUAUCCUGUUAUCUUGGUCUUUGGUCUAUUAUCCUGGUUAUGUGUUAUAGUGUGA